AUGUCCAUAAUCACAGUCCUCGGUGCCACUGGCCUCCAAGGCGGUUCUGUCGUCCAGAAGUUAAAGGCCAACUCGUCGUGGAAGAUCCGAGCCGUCACCCGCAAUCCCGAAGGAAAGUCCGCCAAAGAGCUCUCGUCCCAGGGCAUUCAAGUUGUUCAGGCGGACCUUGACGAUGCGAAAUCUUUGGAGGUUGCAUUUGAAGGAUCCACUGCUAUUUUUGCCGUUACCAACUUCUGGGCAGCACCUUUCACGGACCCUAUUAGCCUCAAUGAGAGAGGCCAACAGGAAUACCAGCAGAUCCUUAACAUUGGCAAGGCAGCAUCGCGUGUGUCCACUCUCAAGCACCUCGUCAUCAGCAGCUUGCCUUGGGCCGAGAAGGUAUCGAGUGGCAAGCACAAGGUGCCUCACUUGGAUUACAAGGCUCGCGGAGUAGCAGAGGUGGAAGCGCAGUACCCGGAAUUGGCUGCCAAGUCUACGAUACUUUGGGUCGGGUAUUACGCAAGCAACAUGGCGUUGAUUCCUACUGUGAAGCCGCUGUUCUGGCCCGCUGUCGGCAAAUACAUUUGGGCCAGCCCAAGCAAGCCCGAAGGCGUCAUCCCCAUCGCGGGCAACAUCUCUCACAAUGUCGGCGUUACAGUGGACAAGAUCCUCCAAAAGCCUGCUCAGACACACGGGAAAAUUGUGAUUCUAGUGACAGAGUACUUGAGUCACGAGGAUGCCUUGAAGAUUUGGGAGAAGGUGUCUGGGAAGGAAGCUGUGUACGUUGAGCUGACCAACAAGUCGGCGGAAGCGUUGAUGGGGCAGGUAGCGGUCGAGCUUUCCGCGCAGUUUCGCUUCAGCGAGGAGUACCCGAACCAACACGGCUUUGAGCCGGAGAGAACUGUCAGUGUCGCUGGUCUCGGGAUUGCAGACGAGUUGAUUGGACUUGAGGGCACGCUGAGGCUGUAUUCUGACCACCUGGCUUGA